UCCGGGAGGAGUGACGGCAGCGGAGGCCGUGAGGGAAGAUGGCGGAGGCGGCGGCGGUGCAGCAGCACCGGUUCUUCUGCCACAGCUGCAAGGGCGAGGUCAGCCCCAAGCUGCCGGAAUACACCUGCCCUCGUUGUGAGUCUGGUUUCAUUGAGGAAGUCACUGAUGAUUCCAGUUUUUUUGACAGCAAUUCCCUGGACGACAGCCCCUCCUCACAGUUCUCAGAGCUUUGGGACCACCUGGAUCACACCAUGUUCUUCCCGGAUUUCCGACCCUUCCUGAGCAGCAGCUCCCUGGAUGCCGAGGGCAGGGAUGCAGAGAGGGGUCCCCCAGCGGAGCUCUGGGGUCCCGGGCGGCCGCCGCGGCUGCCGAUGCCUCGCAGGUACCGGUCCCGGGGCAGCUCCCGCCCGGAUCGCUCGCCGGCCAUCGAGGGGAUAAUCCAGCAGAUCUUUGCUGGCUUUUUUGCCAACUCAGCCCUUCCUGGCUCCCAACACCCCUUUUCCUGGAGUGGGAUGCUGCACUCCAGCCCCGGCGAUUACGCGUGGGGACAGAGCGGCCUCGACGCCAUCGUCACCCAGCUCCUGGGGCAGCUGGAGAACACGGGACCACCUCCAGCAGACAAGGAGAAGAUCUCCUCGCUGCCAACAGUGCCGGUGACGCAGGAACAAGUUGACACAGGCCUGGAGUGCCCGGUGUGCAAGGAGGAUUACGCCGUGGCCGAGCAGGUCCGGCAGCUCCCCUGCAACCACGUCUUCCACAGCAGCUGCAUCGUGCCCUGGCUGGAGCUGGAAAAGCCUCAAGGGGGAAGAUCCCACCCGGCAAAUCCCAAAUCCCGACGCUCCCGCCAGCCCCGUGCAGGAGAGAUGGACUUCCUGACCCUUCCCAGGAAUUCUGCCACCUUCCAGAAACUUCCAGAGGCCAAGAGCAUCCCAGCUGGACGUGGACAUUGAGAAUUCCAACAGAAUUCCAACAGAAUUCCAACAAAAUUCCAACAAAAUUCCAUCAAAAUUCCAUCAAAAUUCCAUCAAAAUUCCAGCAAAAUUCCAACAAAAUUCCAUCAAAAUUCCAACAAAAUUCCAACAAAAUUCCAUCAAAAUUCCAUCAAAAUUCCAGCAAAAUUCCAACAAAAUUCCAACCAACCCCCCCUGAGUAGCAGCAAUGAGGAGCUCUCCUCCUCCCAGGAAUUUUUUCCUUCUUCUCCAUGGAAUUGUCUAAAUUUGGGGAUUUUAUUUUUUUUUUUUUUUGGGGGGAGUGAUUUGAUUUCAUUUUUGUAGCAGAAAUGGUUGGGAUUUUUUUUUUUUUGGUUUUUUUUUUUUUUUUCCAGUUGGGAAGAGUGAGAGGUUCCACAUUUCCCUCGUAACCUCCUCUGGAAAAAAAAAAAAAAAAAAAAAAAAAUUCGAGAUAAAAAUUGAUUUUUUUUUAAUUUUUUUGGGGAUUUUCUUGCACUUCCAGGAGAUUGGAAUCACAACCACGAGAUGAUUUUUUUUUUUUUUUUUAAUUUUUAUUUUCACCUUAUUUGGGAUGGAAUCUUUGGAGGCUCCAUAAAAUCAUGACAAGUGGAAGAAGGAAAAUUCUGGAAUUUUUCCCUUAUUGGGGGGGGGUUGGAGUGGGAAUGCUCUGAGCAGGAAUUUCUCUCAUCCUUGGACUCUUUUUUGGGUUUUUUUGGGAUUUUUUUGGGAUUUUUUUCAGACUUUUCCACGUUACCUGUUGCCCCCAGGUGUGUCCAAAGCUCCCUUUGUUCCCCACAAAUCAUUCCAGGCAGGAAUUCUGGGAAUCCCCCCAGAAUUGAAGGAAAAUCUUGAUUUUUUUCCUCAUUAUUUCGUUGUUUUCGGUUAUUUUUUGGUUUUUUUUUCCCUCAUUCCCUCUGACUUUUUUUUUUUCCAGGUCUGAAUCCCCAGGAGUUUUCCUCGUGGUAUCCUGGCUUUAUAAAUCUAUAAAUUUAUCCCACUGGGUUUUAGAAAUUUA